AUGCCGCUUUUGAGAAGACAACCUUUUCAGAAACAAAAACCUCCGCCUGACUUGGAUCCGGACGAAGAAGUUUUCCAUUGUAAAUUAACAAAUGAAAUAUUUCGAGACUAUGAGGAAUUCUUUGAGCGUAUUAUCCUUUGCAACAGCCUCCUCUGGUCAUGUGAAAUCACUGGCAAAUGGGGCCUCACCUACCAAGAAGCUGUGGAAAAUGAAGAAAGAGCCCGGAGGAACUUGGCUACAUUCCCAGAAUAUUUGCAGCGGCCAAUUCUCUACUUGGCUACCCUCACCCAUCGCAGUCGGAUGGCUGGGAUGAAUGAUGAUGUCUUUGUUUUUGCCAAAGAUCGAUAUUUCAUUGGAGAAAUUGUUGAUGUUGUGCAUGAUGGGAUAAGGAAACCCUACAAAAUCAUCAAGGUUGUGCCUCCAACAGAAGAAGAAAUCCAACGACAUGCCCUCAAUGGUGAUGCUGAGGAUGCACAAGAUGAAGGAGCAAGUGACAAAAGCCGCAAUGUUGGUGUGGAUGCUUCUUUGUACACAUACAAAGUCCAAGAUACCAUGAAUGGAGAAGUCUUAGUUGUCAAACCUGUACAGAUAAGCCGUAAGAAAGGCUUGUACACACGGGACAAAAGCAAAUUGUUUUUAAAACACAAUUGUUAUGUUGUGGAUGGUGUCUGGAGAGUCAAGGAAAGUAUUGUGAGGUCAUUGAAGCUGAAUGAAAUGAAGUUUGAGAGCUUUUUUGCUGGUGCCAAACCACUUUUUACAAAGACUCUGGUGAAAAGCAAAAAGAAUUCAUUUUCCAAUCAAAAUUUGAGCAUGGUCUCACAGAGUGCCUCAGACAGUAGUAUCAAUGACUUCUCUCCUCUCAGGAGUCUGGAUGGCAAAAAAAAUCAUCUCAAGGAUAGAAAGUACUUUAAAAGUGAAGAGCUAGCCAUGACUCCCGAAGAGCGGGAGGCUUUGAAGGAACGCAUGAAGCAAGAAAAAAUUGCUGAACGUAAUGCGCGAAGAGAGGAAAUAAAGAAGAGGCUUGAUGAAGAAAAAGAAAAGAGGAAACAAGAAAGGGAAAAGGAGAGAGAAAAGAAACGAGAGGAGAAACGAAUUCAGGCAGAGUAUUUAAAGGAAUGGAGCCGGCCUCGUGAUGACUUGGAGUGUGAAGAUCUCCAGGAAAUGCCAGACCUGCUUCCUGUUCAAUCACGGAUUCCCCAAGAUGAUUUUGGGGAUGCUCUGAUGGUGCUAGAAUUUAUUCAUACAUUCCAAAGUCUUUUUGAUGUCACAGAAUAUUUUCCCUCUGGAAUGACACUAGGAGUGUUAGAAGAAGCUUUGUUGGAUAAUGAUGUAAAUGGACCGUUGACAGACCUACUGUUGAUGUUGAUGGUUGCUAUCUUUUAUUUGCAAGAGUCCGAGGAGGAAGAGGAUGACCCUGAUGUUAGCAAAGAUUUCAGUGAAGAAAUAAGCUGCUCAGAUCGCUCUAUGGCAACAUUGAUAAAGACAGCAACCAUCACAGCACAGUAUCCAAUGAAAAACCAUGGAACCCCUCUAAGGAAUUUGCAGCUGGAUAGUUUCACAUUGACAGAAAUUUUACGUCUUCAUUUAUUAUCGUCUGGUGCCCGGGCAAAUGCCAGCAAUGUCAAAUUCCGUUAUCAACAAAGAGGAGGUUAUACAUCCAUGGAUGAUGCUGGUCUGCAACUUUGUAAAGAGGAUCCAGAAUUAAUGCAACGACUGGCACAAGACAAUAUCUUCGACAUGAAACCUGGUGAUAAACUGAAAAUCCUGUCCACCUUGGUUCAUCAGUUCCUCUCAUAUGCAGCUUCUCGUGAUUUGGUGGAAGACAAUUUUGAAAAGUUACGCCAACUGAAAAUGGAUCUUAAGCAGUUGCAGUGGUCAGAACUGCGUCGAGAACGGGAGGAAGCAACUGCCAGGUAUAAGCGCAAUAUGGAAGAAAGAAUCAGGGAGCGAAAACAAAUAGAAAUGAAAAUUGCCAGUGAAGCCCUUAAAGAAGCUGGAGUUGAAAUGAACAAUGGUAAUGCAGAUGAAAAGGAUAAAGACAAAGAAAAAACAGACAAAAAAGCAUCAAGAAGUCGCCUUCUUCAAAUUGAUAAAUUCAACAAACUUGAAGACUUGGAGAAAAUUAACGAGCAGGAGUUGACACCUGAUGAAAAGGAUGCUUACUGGCAGAAACGAGAACAACUAGAUGCCAAGAAGAAAGCAGAGAACCAAGAGAAAGAAAAGGACCUGCUUGCUUCUAUCACUAAAUUACAGCAGGGUAAUGCUGUGUAUCCCCUGGGCCGUGACCGAAUGUAUCGACGUUACUGGACCUUCAGUUCUCUACCGGGACUCUUUGUGGAAGAUAAUGAUGAGACUGUGCCAGAUGAGCUGAAGCCUGGCUUCAAAGAAGAAGAGGAAGAAGAGGAGGAGGGGAAAGAUGAUGACGAAGAUGUGGAGAAAGAUGAUGCCGGCGAGGUGGGCAAGGGUGACACCGACGAGGUGGGCAAGGAUGACGCCGGCGAGGUGGGCAAGGAUGACGCCGGCGAGGUGGGCAAGGAUGAUGCCAAAGAGGUGAGCAAGAAUGAUGAUGGAGACGUGAGCAAGAAUGAUGGUGACGAAGAUGGGAAAGAUGAAGAUGUAAAAGACGAGAAGAUGGAAGUGGACUCAGAUGUCAAAGAUUCCAAAAAGUCUGUGAAUGGUUCAGACAAGAAAAGCAGCAACGGUGUCAUCGAUUUGACCGACAUGACAGAUGACAGCAUGGACAAGUCGGAAGAGGAUGAUGACGACGACGAUGAUGAGGAUGAUGAGGAGGAGGAGGAAGAAGAGGAAGAGGAGAAGCCGUCAUAUCUGGAGAGUGAAAUUGUACAGAAAAUUAUUAACAGAGAACGGGUGAAGUGGUCCUAUAUUAAAUCACCUGAACAAUUUAACAAAUUAGUUGAGUCGCUGAACUCUCGUGGUUUUAGGGAGGGCAACCUAAAACAAAUUCUCUUGGAAAGUAGUAGUCGUUUCCAGGAAUCAAUUGGUAACUGUCCUUUUGAGGAUCCAGAUGAUGUGGAUGAAAAGCCAAAGAAAGACAAGAUGAAGAAUGGCCGUAAAGAUACAGAAGAAAAUAGCACUGCUCAAGAGAUUCUGGAGUUGAAUUUAAGAGACUUGCUCUUAGAUUUAGAAGAACGUAUUUAUGUUGGGAGCCUUGGAUGUAUGAAGGUUAAGGACCGUCUUGAAUGGCGUGCUGCUGUCGAUGGCAGUGCAAACCAGGGUGGUGCUGAUGAAUCUUCUAAUGACACUGAGAAGAAACCAAGCCAAACUGGAGAGUCAGUUGUGAAGACUCUUGCAAAGGCCUUACUGCAAAUUGCCCAUGGGGUUGAGUCACGUUACAUGCGGGAACCAUUUGGGGAUGCUGGGAGCAAAGACCCAAAGAAAGAACCUAAGAACAAAAAGAAAGACAAAGAUGACAAAGGAGAUCAUAGUGAUGACACAGAAAAUGAUGAUGACAAAACUGAUGUUGUCGUCAGCAGCAGCAGUCAAAAAAAUAAAAAAGGGAAAAGCUUGUUUGAACGCUGGGAGGAGUCGUUGACUAAUUGUACCAGUUUUCCUCAGAUCUUCCUCCAUCUUUCCUCGUUAGAGAAGAGUAUUAUUUGGUCAAAGUCAGCACUCCACGCUCGCUGCCGUAUCUGUCGACGGAAGGGAGAUGGUGAACACAUGCUUCUCUGUGACGGCUGUGAUAGAGGACAUCAUAUGUAUUGUCUAAAACCACCUGUCAAGACUGUACCUGAGGGUGACUGGUUCUGUCCCAACUGUAGGCCCAAAGAAGUCCGUCCUUCCCCACGGAAGGGGCGGCAAACUUACAUAGCAGAAUCAGAUGACUCUGAAUCUGAGUCAGAAGAAGAGGAGGAAGAUGAAGACGAAGAGGAAGAACGUUCAGAUGAAGAGGAAGAAGAGGAGGAAAGUGGAGAAGAGAGCAGUUGGGAGACAACAGAAAACGAAGGGUCUCGGCGCAAAGAUGGUCGUUCUGAUAGCCAUGCUUGUGUUGUAUGUGGGCGUCGAGGCGCCUUGGUCACCUGUGAUAAGUGCCCCAAUGUCUACCAUUUGUCUUGUGCCAACCCACCUCUCAAAAAGGUACCAAAGACCAAAUGGCUUUGUCGACAUUGCUCUGGAGACAAAAAAAGCAAGAAGGCAUCAUCCAGUAAUAAGUCUCCUGGAUCCUCUAGUCAGCCAGGCUCAAGGCGAGAGAGUCCAGUAAAUGCACGAUCAAGAAAACGAGCACGAUCAGAAUCGGAUGAUGAUACGCCCAAACGUUCACGGUCAUCAGCUAAAAGCAAAUCUGUAAUUGACAAUGAAGAAUCUGAUGUAAAACAUUAUGUAAGUAGUUACCGUGGCAACAACAAAGUCUAUCAAUUGAAAGCAUGUGAAGAAAUUGUUAAUGACCUCAUGAAACAUGAAGAUUCCUGGCCUUUCUUAAGACCUGUGAGCAAGAAAAUGGUCCCUGAUUAUUACGACAUCAUCAAAGAGCCAAUGGAUUUUUCCACAAUCCGCAACAGAAUUCACAAAUAUCAAUACACUGAAACUACAUCUCUUCUGCGUGAUGUCAGAUUGAUUUUCAGCAAUUGCAAAGAGUACAACAAGAAGUCAGCCCCAGAAUACAAGGCAGGACUCAACCUGUCUCAGUAUUUUGAGAAAAAAGCCAAAGAAAUGCAACUUGAAGAAGAAACUUCCUCUUCCUCCUCUCCAUCCAGCAGUGGAGCAAUUGAUUCCAGUGGAAGAUCUUCCAAAAAGAAAAGCAGAACUCACUGA